CCAUGUGAUAUACAUUCCCGUCCCCAAAUGACCUGUGCCCAUGCCACACUACAGCGCCUCCUCCCGCGCGGUGCUGCUUCUGGCCUUCGUCACGUGGUAUCCGGCCUGUGGCCUGGAGAGUUUGCGCAACGCGCCCAAGAGGCCUCGAGAUGAGCGGAGCUUUGUGUCGAAGACGCUAAGAUACGAGGAUGUGACUUGGGAUCCGGGCAACCGCAGCUGUUGGGAGCUGCCGGCAGCUCAGGCCAAGGGCUUCAACCUGGAGCGCUGUUGCUACGUCCAGGAGAACCAGACCUGGAGAGCGCGGCAGCGCAUCCGGCGGCGUGGGGAGCCCAAUUGCUGGCAGAUACCAGGCCUUUCCUUCCAUCGCUGCUGCGGGGCCUCCGCUUUGCACGCCGGCAACGUGGUUCCAGCCGCGCAGUAUGCCUUCCGGGCAGUGGUUGCGAUGACGACCAUCCCUCCUCGACUCUUCGACCUCAAGGAAGUCCUCUUGUCACUCCUCCGACAAUCACGUCGACCUGACGCCAUCUAUUUGUCGGUGCCCUACUUCUACUCUCGCAGCUGGACGCCCUACGAACAUCCCUGGUGGUACAAGUUCAUGGAUCCGCUCGUGCGCUUGGUGCGAUGCGAGCAGGACUUUCGGAGCAACACAGGGAUUCUUUGCAUGCUGCAGUAUGAAUCUGCGCCGGACACGCGUAUUCUUGUAGUGGACGAUGAUCAGUUGUACCAUCCGUUCCUCUUGCAGCGCAUGCUGGCCAUCAGCGCUGAGAUCCCUGGUGCGAUGAUCGGCGGCAACUGCUAUCAUCGCCCAGGCAUCGCCUGCUGGAAGCACACCAAGAGGGGCAUGUGUGCCGUGCCGAACCUGGUCCACACCACCUACGGCAUCCUCUUCCAGCGCCGCUUCUUUGAUGCAGGGAUCUUCAACUUCGACGCGGCCGCCCAAGCAAUCCUCCGAGCUUACCCUUCCGGAGGCCCGUCACGUGACUAUGUCAUUACCUCGUGCAUGCUGGAGGACAAUGUCUGGUGGGAAGCUCACUUGGCCCGGAAGGGUAUCCCCAGAGUCCUCAUGGCUAACCAGAUGGAAGCCAAGACUAUUGCAGAAUUGGCCUUUGGGCAUGGUGCCUUAACCAGCUCUGAGGACUUGGUGGGUUAUCACCACUUCCAUUUCGAUCGGCAAGACCCUCAUAGCACGGCGGCUGCCCUGGACACUUGUACCGAUGCUCUCUCCGUGCUUUGGGGCCCCAGCCUGUGGCCGGCACGUGCUCGCGAGGUGAUCGCCGCCCUGGUGGAGGAGGUGGCGGCCUUGAGCACUCUGGUGGCCUCUGUGGGGUGGUGGCAGGCUGACCAUGUUUACGCCUUCGUGUGCAGCGGCCGCAGCUUGCCACAAUGGCGCGGGGCCAUUCGGAAACACGGGGGUCUGGAUGUGCAGAUGCACUAUUUGCACAUCCUCAAUAUGAGUUCAGCAACUCCAAGGCGCUUCGUCUCCGAGCCCUUUGACCAGGCAGCCUUCUUUCCUGCACCCAUCCUCACUGAGGAUGAUGCAAUGAAGCUGCCCCACUCGAAGCGUUUACUGCCAGCGCGGCAUGCGCCGCAGCGCGAAGCGGCUGGAUCCAGGAGGCCCCUGGCGGAUUUGGUGGAACUCUGUCCGGGCGCCGCGGUGGCGCCGCGGCCGGCACGUGGUGGAGCUCGAGCUCCCUGCAGUGACUUCAAGGCAAAGAUCCUGAAACACAGCUGCCGGGAAGGGAAUCCGCGCGAGCGCGUGGAGCACAUCGGCGCGGAGGGCUUCGCAGGGGUGGCCUGCUGGGCACCACAGCAGUUCUGCUUCUCCGCACUGCUGCCAAGGAACCGCACUUGGCAGAUCAAUCAAGAGAGCAUUGCGCAGUGCCUUCCCAGCACGGCCACCUUCUACCACGCGCGGCGCAUCUGCCAAGCUUUAGGCGCCUCGUUGGCCACGAUGGAACAGGUCAUCGAGUGUUGCUCCAUGGGAUGCAUUGGUCUCAUGCGUGUGUGGCUGCAGUCGGAUGUCCCCGAGUGCUACGAGGAAUUCGAUUCGCCCAUGGAGGCCUUUCCCAUCGAGGACCCGGGCUCCGGCGUUUCCCCGAGUGAGCCCUUGAAGUGGCAGGAUCAACAAGGUCUGGCCGAGACGUUUCUUUCUCAGCACGAGGAAGCGCGAGGGACCCGGAUCCGCUGGCGAGAGCGGAGUUUCAAGGCGCAGAACCGUCGCUGAA